AUGGUCAUCCAAUGGAACAAUGCGCAAAUCACAGAGCGCCUUUUCAUUGCCAUGCUCGCUUCUGUUGACAACAAAAUAAACAUCUCCGAGGUCGCCCGUCUCUACGGUGAAGAUAUGACAUACAAUGCCCUGGAGAACCGACUCCGGGCCUGGAAGAAAGAAGCCACCGCUAUGAAGGCUGCUGCAUCGGGCCGCGAGAUCGCCGUCAAGAGCCCCUCCAAGUCUAGGGCCAAGAAGGGAGAGGCGAAUCCCACGAAGAAAGGCGAGUACCAUUGUUUGUCUUGUGGGAUGUUUACUAACGACAAGGUGCUGUUCAAGGCUGUGCCCAUCAUCAUCGUCGAUGACGAGGAUGAGCUUGAGGAAUAUGCUGAAGUAGGAGAUGAUGACGAGGAAGACUUCGUCUAG